AUGAAUAUGGCAUCACGAUUGUGGCUUGCGGGCAGUUCGAGUAGGGAUUUGUUUGUGGUGGUUUUGUUCUUGUGCCAAACAAUAGUUUGUGAUGGACAGUGUCCAAAGUUUGCUGAAAGGCCAUUGGAGACGAGAGUUCAAGAUGCUUCCAUAGUUUUUAGAGCAGUGGUUGUACAGACACACUAUCAGAUUAACACGCUAGAUUUGGCAUUAGUGUCAAUAUACCGAGGAGGCGUCGAGCUGGCUUCCAUUAGCCAAUAUUCGGGGUCACCUUACAAUACAACUGACAGACAGGUGAACUUGAAAGUCAGUUCACAGCUCAAAGACUGUUUUAACUGGAGUAUGGUUCCACAAAACGAGCUGGUGGUCUUCGCAAGAGUCAGUGAUCCAGCUGUGGACUUAGAAACUACUCCUCCUGAUGGACCCUGGUUAGAAGCAACUGCAGCGGCCAUACCCUGGAGCUUAGGAGUGGAUAUAGCUAUAUGGAAUGCUGUUGGCUGGGCUGGAUGGGGAGAGUGGGGGGUGUGUAGUAAAACCUGUGGUGGUGGAAGACAGACUCGCAAGAGAUACUGUUCUAGAGCUACUUGUGAAGGAUAUGGAGAGCAAGCGCGAACGUGUAACACCUUCGACUGUGAGGGUGCAAUAAACCCAUUAGCUCCGGGUGCAAGGCGUAAUUUUCAUCCAGCACAAGCUCGAUGGGGUCCAGUGUCUGAUAGGCCCCAUGCCUUCAGUUUGAAGCCUAACUCAUAUAUUUGGAUCGCGUCUUCAGAACUCUUCGCAGCAGGGAAGACGUUUCCAAGAGAGUUCACAUUAUUCAUCUCAUUGAGGCUACGGCCUGAGAGUGGCGGUUAUGGGCAGGGAACUCUGUUUUCUCUCCGUUCACGGCGUAGAACGGGUUCGUUUCUGUCACUCGAACUAGCAGGCAGAGGAGCUGCGCGUUUAGUUCACGCUGGAGGUGGAUCCUCAAGAUCUAUAUACUUAGCUGUACCUUUGUACGAUUUUAGGUGGCAUCAUAUUGCUAUAAGCGUUCACGACGAUAACACAGUGAGGGUUUUCAUCGACUGCCGUUGGCUUCGAACUGAUGUCCUAGAAAAGGACGCGUUAGACACACCGAGGGACGCUGAUCUCAUUAUAGGCUAUCUUUUCUCAGGUGACUUGGAACAAAUGGUGCUUGUUCCGAAAGCCGGUCAAGCUCAUAAGCAAUGUUCAAGCCAAAUGUCAGGCGUCGUACCUUUCGCCGCUCUUCUGGACACA